AUGGCAGAUUCAUUUCUUAACACAAGUACACAAAGGUAUGCAUUGGUGACAGGGGCAAAUGGGGGAAUUGGGUUUGAGAUCUGCAAACAGUUAGCCUCAAGAGGAAUUAUGGUGGUGUUAACAGACAAGGAUGAGCAGAAAUGCAUUGAAGCUCAAGAAAGGCUAAAGGAAUUUGGGUUUUCAGAUAGAUUUGUUUUUCACCAACUUGAUGUUGUGGACUCCAAUAGCAUUACAUCCAUUUAUGACUUUAUUAAAUCCAAAUUUGGGAGGCUUGAUAUUUUGGUGAAUAAUGCUGGUGUUUCUGGAAUAGCAAGGGUAGAAGGAGAUCCUUUGAUUGUUGAAGAGUUAAUAUUAGCUUCACUUUCUGAUGAGCCACAAGGAGAUGGAGCUAAAGCAAAUGGAAGUGUAAUACAGACUUAUGAGGGUGCCCAAGAAUGUCUGCAGACAAACUAUUAUGGUGCAAACAGAACAACUGAAGCUCUCAUUCCACUCUUAAAAUUAUCAGAUUCACCAAGAAUUGUUAAUAUCUCCUCUUCACUUGGACUUUUGAAGGUUUUCUCGAGCGAGUGGGUUAAACGUGUCUUGAGCGACCCAGAGAACCUCACCGAAGAGAAAAUAGACGAGGUGGUGAAGAAUUUCCUCAAGAGCUUCAAAGAAGGCUCGCUCGAAGGUGAUGGCUGGCCAACUCAGCUUUCGUCUUACAAAGUGUCGAAAGCAGCCUUAAGCGCGUACACGAGGCUCAUGGCUAGAAAAUAUCCGAGUUUUCGCAUAAACUGCGUUUGCCCGGGUUUUGUGAGGACUAACAUCACUUGUAAUCAAGGCUUUUUAAGCGCGGACGAAGCUGCCGAAGCCCCUGUGAAGCUUGCGCUCGUUCCCCAUGGGGGCCCGUCCGGCUUGUUCUUCAGGCGAUUCAAGGUUUCGCCUUUCUGA